CUUCUUUCUUGAGCCAAGACAUCUUACUACAUCUACUUCCUUUUGUUUGCAUGCUCCAGUUGGGCAUUUCAUGAAGGUGAUGGGUGAUCCUGCACUGCUGCAGCCCUAAUGGUAUCCAGGCUGUUGGACUACGCAGAAGGUGGUCCAAAUGACCCUCGUACAACCUUCAAUGAUCUACGAAGAUGGCUUACAGCGGUAAAAGAGGAGCUCUCGCCUUGGGGCUGGCAGGCCUAUGACGCAGAGUUUCGUGAAAGAAUGCAGGCGGAGAAGAAGCUUUAUGCCAUGAAUCGGUUGCCGGAUAGUGGAGCAGAGCCUCAGGACGGCGUCAUUCAGGGAACUCCGCUUUGGCAAGAGAGGCUUGACCAAAUGCUGCUGGUGGAGCACUUGAAGAGAAAGGUGAUGGUUGCGCACACAGCGUUCACUGAAGCAACCGACCUGUUGCUGAAGUCGCAUGCCUGGCUGGUAAAGGACUCCUUGCUGGCAGACAAGUUUGCAGAAUGCAUUUCCCGGGUGCCUCCCAGUCAGCAUGACAGGAUCGACCUUUUGCAAGCGGCACUUAAGCAGUCGCGAGAAGAGACAAAGGCUGCAAAAGAAGAGUUCCACGAAUACAAGGUGCAGCAGCAGAUCCACCGUCAGGAAUUUCUCGUCCGCACCGUGAGCAACCAGAAUCACGCAAUAAGAAGAAAGCUUAAGGACGAUAUCUUGGUCUCUUGGCGUUAUCAAUGCGAACGUGCACGUGCAACAGAGCUGGAAGGCCGGAACUUUGUUCUGGUGACUCGGGUCACUGAUCUGGAAAACAAGAUGGUGACGACGCAAGAGGACCUGGAAGAGGCAGCUCGACAGUGGGAGGAGCAACGUUCUGCACUGGAAGCGGACCGGGACGAGUACAAGCGUUUGUACGAAAAGUUCUUGGCUGCGCAUGAGCGCGCAAUGGCAGAACUUGAAGACACUCAAGGUACGGCAGAGGAUCAGGCGAAAAGGUUGCAAGUUUUGAGCGUCGAGAAGAACAGACUGAGCGACAAGGUAGAGGAGCUGGAAGAUGACAAGAAGCGAAUGGCAAAGCAACUUUCUGAGCUCCGUGAUGAGGUUGCAAAGCUGAAAACAGAGCUGAGAAGGCUUGCGGGACAGCUACGUGAUGGAGAAGUUGCUCUGCUAUUGGCGCGUGUCAAUGCCGAGAAACUCAAGGCUGAAGCUAAGGGGUUGGAGGACAUAGUACCUGCAGACUCUGAAGGACUAUCAAGGCCUUCCCUACGGCGUCUACUGCAAGAAAGCAGCCGUCGCGAGGCCGAGCUUCUUGACCGCUUGCAAGCAGUGCAGGCUGCAGCUGAUGCGCGUGGCCUUCGCUUGCUCGAGCUUGAAGGUCCCGGAAAUGAACCAGAUGCGGAGAAUGAGCCAAGUCUUGACACAGCCGCUCACAUAGGAAUUGUACCUGCAGAAAGACGCUUGCGUCAUCACCUUGAGCGUGAGCGAGAUGAGCUUCUAGCUUUCACUCGAGAUCUUGACACAGAGUUGGUGAAGGUGAAGAAGGAGUGCUACUUCACAGUGCAAGACAUCAAGAAGAAAGCAGCCCAGGAUUUGGAGGAUUUUAAGACAACAGAACUUGCCAAAGCCAAAUCGGACUUCAAGCGAGAGGUGGAAGAUGUCCAACGCCAAAGAGACAUGCUGCGGAAGGAGGUUGAGGUGGCUGAUGCUCUGGGCCCUCACUUGCCCACUCUGAACCCGCUCUCUGGAGCCAUACAGGACGCUUCCAAAGUGUGUGGCAUUUGCAGACGAGCAAUCGUUUUUGAGGGUGCGAUCAAAGUUCCUCCACCCUCUGUCUAUCCACCGGGUUGACUUAACUUGUUAACAAGCUCAGUUGGCUCGGUCCUUUUCCUAGAUGCAUGGCUUUUGCUGUCCAAAGUGGCCGCUUUAUAUUGGCUGUUCAAACAGCCCAGAGCAAAUGUUUCACAAA